AUGGAUAAGACAUGGAUGUAUUCCAAUCGGUUGUCGAAAGAGUACGAGAACGGGGUAUCGGAAUUCGUUAAGUUUGCUGUUGCGCAUGCUGAAGACCCCGGUCGAAUGACAUGUCCUUGUUUGUGUUGCUGUUAUGGGAAUCGGGUUGACGCGGUUCAGUUGGCAUCACAUCUAAUACGGUAUGGAAUUGAUAGAAGUUAUACAUGUUGGAAUAUGCAUGGUGAGAAAAGUGAUGGGAAUGAUGAAUCGGGGGAUAAUAGGACCUAUGCUUCAAACGACAAUGGCACAGAUACAUACGAUUAUGAUCGAGUUGAAGAGAUUGCAGAAGCGCUUGAAGAAGAUCUUAAUGAUUGUCCCAAAAUGUUCAAGAGGCGGGCAAUGGAUAAAAGUUUCACAGAGUUAUUAGCCCUUAUGAAAGAUAUGCUACCAGAGGAUAAUAUUCUCUCCAAUCGAACGUAUGAGGCCAAAAAGAUGUUGUACUCUAUUGGCAUGAGCUAUGACAAGAUACAUGCCUGUCCAAAAGAUUACGUUUUGUUUCGAAACGAGUAUGCAUCGUUAAAUGAGUGUCCUAAAUGCGGUGCCCCUCGAUAUAAGAAAAAGUUGUCUCCGACAAAAUUCUUAUGGUAUUUUCCUAUAAUUCCGAGAUUUAGACGGAUGUAUCGUAGUGAAACCGAUUCAAGACAUUUAACUUGGCAUGCAGAUGAAAGAAUUGUUGAUGGAAAGUUUCGACAUCCGGCAGAUUCACCACAGUGGAUGAAAAUUGAUAAUGAUUAUCCUGAAUUUGGAAAAGACACAAGAAACCUUCGCUUGGCAUUGUCUACUGAUGGAAUGAACCCACACGGAAAUGACAUAGACGUAUAUUUGGAACCUUUAAUCGAAGAUUUGAAGAUUUUGUGGGAGAACGGUGUGGAGGUUUAUGAUGGGUAUAGGAAAGAAAGUUUCAACUUGAGGGCGAUGUUGUUUGGAACAAUUAACGAUUUUCCAGCCUACGGAAAUCUAUCCGGGUAUAGCAUUAAAGGUGAAAAAGCGUGUCCUAUCUGUGAAGAUGGAACCGAUACGAUGCGAUUGAAACUUUGUCAGAAGAAUGUCUUUCUCGGUCAUCGUAGAUUCUUAAAUUCUAAACAUCAAUAUCGUGGAUGGAGAAAAGCGUUCAACGGAGAUACCGAACAACGUAGAGCUCCGCCUGGAUUGACAGGUGAUCAAUUAUUUGAAAAGGUGAAAGAUGUGAGUAUUCAGUUUGGCAAGCCUUUUGCACAUAAAGUUGUUACAGCUUCUAGUACUCCUAAUAAAGUAGAGUCAACUACAUCAAAAUAUGUAAACAUGGAAAAGUCAGAGAACCAAGGAGAUGCAAGCUCCCAGGGUGCUACCCCCCUUCCAACAUUUCAUGCAAGCUUCGUAGACCUGCCAAAUCUUUCUGCUUCCAUAUACAGCAUACAACUUUGCAAUAGGUUACGAGACUUCCUCAAAUCUUGUCCACUGACAGGACCACCAUCACCUGUAGCAGAAUUGGUUAUUGCUAUAUCAGAUUUUCAGGCUAGAAUAUUAAGUAUGUUAGAAAGUGAUGUAUCAGGAUAUGAGCCUGAAUUGGAUAAAUUUUCAAUUGUGAGCGCUGGACCAGUGGACAGAUUGUUGAAGGAGGGGCCUGCUUUAGAUGCAGCAGAUGCAGAAAGUAGGGUGAUAGGUUCAGGGGCAGCAGGCCAGCCCUGCACAAGACCGUCGGUGGCUCCGUUCCUGACCAUAACCAAGCCGCAACAAGUUCCACGACGACGAAGCCGCCGCGAAACUCAACAUCUCCGCCUCAAACCCACCGUGUGUCCAUCCAAGCCGCGCCCUCUCACCAUCGGAGAAACCCGGUCAAUUUCGUCGUCCAACACGACAACAUCCUCACGCCUCAAAACCCCACCUGAUUUAUUUUUGCCCUGCCAUCUUCGCCGUACGAGUGCUUAA